UCGCCGCCGUGGGCUAACGUGGAGGCGGGAGCCGCGGACCGGCCGAGGAGCGCCGAGCGCGCUGCCCGGGGCAGUUGGGCGCGCGGCAGGGCGGCGGUGGGCUCGUCGGCGCGGCUCGGCCUUGCCCGGGAGGCAGCGAGCGAUGGGGCGCGCGGGCGCCGGCGAGCGGACGCCAGUGUAGGACGCGCGGCGCCCGGCCCGGGAGCGCGGCGAGGCAGGCCUGUGAGGGCCGCCGCCCGGAGCGCCGGCCUCCCGCGCCAUGGCGCCGAUGGGCAUCCGCCUGUCCCCACUAGGGGUGGCCGUGUUCUGCCUGCUGGGGCUCGGCGUGCUCUACCACCUGUACUCGGGCUUCCUGGCCGGCCGCUUCAGCCUCUUCGGCCUGGGCGGCGAGCCGGGCGGCGGCGGGGCGGCGGGGCCGGCGGCCGCGGCCGACGGGGGCGCCGUGGACCUCCGCGAGAUGCUGGCCGUGUCGGUGCUGGCGGCCGUUCGCGGCGGCGACGAAGUGCGGCGCGUCCGCGAGAGCAACGUCCUCCACGAGAAGUCCAAGGGGAAGACGCGCGAGGGAGCCGAGGACAAGAUGACGAGCGGGGACGUGCUGUCCAACCGCAAGAUGUUCUACCUGCUCAAGACCGCCUUCCCGAGCGUGCAGAUAAAUACUGAGGAACAUGUGGAUGCAGCUGAUCAGGAGGUUAUCUUAUGGGAUCAUAAGAUUCCUGAGGACAUCCUAAAGGAAAUAGCCACCCCUAAAGAAGUGCCGGCAGAAAGUGUUACUGUCUGGAUUGAUCCACUUGAUGCUACCCAGGAAUAUACAGAGGAUCUUCGAAAGUAUGUCACUACUAUGGUGUGCGUGGCUGUGAAUGGUAAACCUGUGCUAGGAGUAAUACAUAAACCAUUUUCUGAAUAUACAGCUUGGGCGAUGGUAGAUGGUGGGUCCAAUGUGAAAGCCCGCACUUCGUACAAUGAGAAGACCCCAAAGAUCAUUGUGUCACGUUCGCAUUCAGGAAUGGUCAAACAAGUUGCUCUUCAGACUUUUGGAAACCAGACUACAAUUAUCCCGGCUGGUGGUGCUGGUUAUAAAGUUUUAGCACUCUUGGAUGUACCUGAUAAGAGUCAAGAAAAAGCUGAUCUAUAUAUCCAUGUGACAUACAUCAAAAAAUGGGAUAUAUGUGCUGGGAAUGCCAUCUUAAAAGCCCUUGGGGGACAUAUGACUACCCUGAGUGGUGAAGAAAUCAGUUACACUGGUUCUGAUGGCAUUGAAGGAGGGCUCCUUGCUAGCAUCAGAAUGAACCACCAAGCUCUGGUCAGAAAACUCCCAGAUCUAGACAAGACAGGACAUAAAUAAGCAAAGUCCAUCACAGGUCACAGCUCUUCCUGAGUUGAACAAUCAGCCUGAAACGCUGGGGGCUUCAAAUUCAAAGCGUCGGUGGAGACUAUGCAUGGUUAAGGCCAUCCUGAACUUUUUAAAGUAUUUAUGAAGCAUCAGAGACUUCUUUUCCCUGUAAUAGGAUGCAAGAUCAGGGAAAGUGGGUUGCUUCGUGUCUCAAGUAUUGUCUUUAUUUUUGAGACUAUUUUCGUACGGUUGUCAUACACAAGGUAAAUAUAUAUAUGUGUGUGUAUAUAUAUAAAUAUAUAUAUACACACACACACACAUAUAUAUGUGAAUUAAAAUCUAUAGCUGAGUCUACAUUGUUACGAGUCACCAUUUUCACACAACAUCAUGAAUCUUCACUAUUUGUUAGUACUUUCCUACAUAAUUGGGCUGAAGAAAGGAUUGAUUUUGUGUAGAUUUAAUACUACUUUACAAUUGUAUCUCAUUGAAACUAAAGUAAUUGGGGGUUUUUACCUCUAAUUCAGAUGGAAAGCACAAGAAGCCACAUGUUCAUUAAUAUGCAACAAGUGCUCUAUUUAUCUGUUGUUACUGAAUAUUUCUUAUGGAUUAAAACAGAAAACGCUUAACCUGUUUUUUUUUUCUUUGAAAUUUUAAUAACAGGUUCACCAGCUAGUCGAGAGUAUAGCUGUAUGAUGAUUGCGUUGUAAUUGUAAUUUCCGUGUGCGUGUGUUUUGUUUUGGUACAGAAAAGUGUAUUUGUACCCAUGGGGUCAACAUUUCUGCCAUCUUCCUGUUGCUUUUGUUUGCUCUGUGGACAAUGCAUGGUUCCAUCCUUUCCCUCCUGACCAACAUUUAGUCUUUAACUUGUAAGGUUUGGAUUAAGGUUUCAGGGUUAACACUAGGAUUCUGGUACGCUUUCUCCGUAGGGAUAAAUUAUGCACUAUAAAAGUAUAAAUUAUUCUGUUAAUUGAGUCAUUUAAUAUUAUAUAAAUUGAGCUAGCUUUCGUUAUUUUCAAAAGCUCUGUUUUAGUACUUUUUAAAAAAUUUGCCAGGUUUAUAUGUAGAGAUUCUCUCAUCAAGAAUGAUAUAUGGUUGCUUUUACCAUUAAAAAAUGGAUCUAACAUAGUGUCAAAGUAGUAAAUUUUAAGAUACUUUAAAGUUUCUGUUCAGGUUAAAAUAAUGAAGGUUAAUGUUACUUUUUGAUUAAUUUUUGUUUUAUUUCAGUAGGCAGAAUCUGGUUGAAAGAAAAGUGGUGGCAUGUUCACUAUGUCACUGUAAUCAGAACCUUGCUUUGUUUGUUCAUUGGGAUGUUGGAUUUCUCUGUGUGGUAUUGAAAUUUCGUGUAAACAAUACUGUUAUUUCAUGUGACUUAGAUGUCCUUAUAUUUUAUAACCUACUGAUAGCAGGGGGAGAGGGGUUUGCUCAUUGUCUUCUUUUCUUUCUUUAAAACAAUGGUUUCUUUUCCUAUCUUGGAGGUAAAAUUGACCAAAGAAUGGACAUCCUCAUCUGGUGGAAUGUGCAUACAACUUUAGGUCUGCAUUUUACACGGUUUCCAAAGCCCUUGAAUUGCUCUUUGGGAACUGAAUCAAGCAUGAUGCACAAGUUUCCACUCAGUCUCUAGCAUCUGGUCACAAACCUGAUAGUGUAGUGGGCCUCAAUAGGUAUGAUUUUGUUCAGCAAAAAUACAAAGUUUUGGUAGUUGGAUCACUUCAUAUUUAAACAGGACUUAGGGAUUCAGAACAGAAUACUAGAGACCUCAUCUUUUUUACUUUGCAAUGAAAUGAGAGCAUUUUUUCUCAGGAGAGAUGGCAAAGGCAUAUAGUGUUUCCAGAGUCAUGAUAUAAACAUUUAUUUUAAUUGUAAUAUGUCAAACAUGGGGCAAGAAGGCUGGCAUAUUAGGAAAUGGCAUUUAAUUGGAGUUUUUUUUCAAUAUAUGGAUACUUUCUAAUUUAAUGGAAAUGAAACUAGAUCAUAUUAGCAAGCAUGAUUGCUUUGAUUUUAUUUUUAUUCCAUUAAUCUGCAUGUAGAUAAUAACUUUGCAAAGGGCUUGUGUCAUGUGCAAAAAUUAAGAUAUUGGCUGACAGUUAAAUGUGUUAUUUUUAUAAUUUAUUGGGGAUAGUCUAGUUACUAAUGGUUUUUAAGUGCUUUUUUGGAAAAUUAAUCUUUAAUUUUUUUUUUGUUUCUAAAAGUUGAUAUACAUCACAGAAGUAAUAUAAGUACAAAGAACAGUAUUUAUAUUUAUUUAUGUGAGACAUUAUUGUGCCAGAACAUACCAGUAAAAGUAAAACACCAUGAAUAAGUGAGACAUGUAGUAUCUUCCAGAAUUACAUAAAAUUACUUUUAAAAUGUAGAAAAAUAACGAGUUGAACUUUUAGUGAGCCUCACCUCCCCAAUUCCUAGUCUUCCCUUCCGUUUCCUUUAUCUUUGCCCUCAUUUAGAGCACAAUGUUCCCUUAAACUUUGAGUUUUACACAUCACAUUUAGUAAAAGCAGUAGUGUCAGUGAUUUCAGUGUUUAUUAGCUGUCUCCUUGCUCUGCCCUUCAUCUCUACCUCGUUCCCUGGCUCCCCAGCCCAUUGAUAUUCUUCCAAAUCUGCCCCUCUUUCUUCACUAGUAUUCUUUCUCAACACUAAACUCCUGAAUUCUCUCCUGGACCUACUUCUCUCUCAAGGUAGACUGCUGAAGUCUUAUGGUAGAACUGAGAUUCUAGUUCAGUUCCUGGUCAGGGAGAUGAAGCCGGGCCAGAGUUCUGGUUCAUCAUUACUUCUCAAAGACUAUUCUCAAAAGGUAAAGGAAAAUGACCUUCCAAACCAUAAUAUUUACACUGUCAAAUCUAAUCUAGUGCUUCUGUCUUUACAAAGCAUUUCUUCAGAUCCAUUCUUCACAGAAUGAAAAAUGCAGAAAGUAUGAGAAUUAGGUAUAUAAGCCUGCUUAAGAAAACUUUUUCUGUUUUCAUAUUUCUGUCCUUAUUUCAGUUGAGAUUACAAAGGGCCUACAAGGUGGAUCAUACUUGUCUGGUAUUCAAUUGUCCUCUUUCCUCUGAUUUUAGUGUGUUUUCUUGAUUUUAAAUCAACAUUCAAAUGAACUGUUGUAUGGUGAAGCUAACAAGUGUUUUGAUUCAUGUGUUUUAAGUAACAGUUGUGCAAAUUCUGUUUGCUGGGCGCUCCCUUUGAAUCUUGUGAAAAUUAGGUCAGAGGAAGUAAGGGAGGGGCAGUGGCUAAGAAGAGGGUGGGAAAGAGGAAAGAUAGCUCCAGGGAAGAGUAGCAGAGGGAGGAUGCAGAGCAAACAUCUGCCUUGAGCCUUGGGAUCAGGAACUCUGCCACUGUCUCAGAUGUUCAAAAAUUGGAUCUCACUUAGGUUUUGAAGGUGACAAGCAUAAGUAAAGCUGGGGUGCCACCACCCUCUAGUCCUCAAAAAAAAAAAAAUAUAUAUAUAUAUAUAUAUAUCUCCAGCUUGCCUCUCCUUGAUAACACCUUGAAAAUGGCCUUAUGGAGACAAUCCUUGGCAGGUUGAAAAUAGAAACUACUUGGGUUUUUCUAGCUGUAACUCUUUAUCUUGGCUAUGUGUUGACUGGUCCUGGAUAGAAACUGAUUUUUCAUUUUUGAUCUUGGUUGAAUUUGAGAUGUGUUAUUUUCAGUGUAUGCCUACAAAAAGUCUGUCUCGUAACUGUUGUAUAAAAUAAACCUAAACUAUUGUUUCAUUUUUAUCCUAAAAAAGUUGUGCCUUAACAAUAGGGCAUUGUAUGUUAAUAAGGGAAAACAAAAUCUUUUUUUAAUAGAUGGGGAAAAUAGGAACUUUUUGCCAUUAAAAUUUAAGUUCUUUUAACAUUUUUAAUAUUAGAGUUGGGGGGAAUUCAUUGAAGUUAAAUACAAUUGAUAUAAACUUAUUUUUGCAUAACCUAGCAUUUACAACUAAAGUACAUUUUUAUAAGAACUGGCAUCUUGAUGUAUAUAGGUCUGAAAUGAUACUUCAUCCUUUGAUUUUUAAUUUGAAAUAAUACAAGACCAGGAUAAGGUACAUUUAACAAUUUUUUUUUCUUUUAAAUCAUUUCAGUGUGCUAUUAUAUCUGUUCUACUAGUCCUCUGACUUGCUUUGGUUUUUAAAAAUAGCUACUCAUGGUACCAUGUCAAUAAUUUAUUAAUGCUAAUUUAAAAAUAUUGUGUGUUCAGUGACUUAACCAGAAUGGCUCCUGGAUUGAAGUGGGGGGCGAAUGGGGGAUUCUGAUUAGCAGUUUCUAAGAGGGCAAGAAGAAUUGAACUUUGUAUUUCAAAGGAAAGCUUUGGUUUCAUGAGGUGCUGUUUAUGUAAGUUGUUUAUUUUUAUUUUAUCAAAGCCUGGCAGGUAUUAGCAUUCCAAUUUACUAUUGGUCUCUUUUUUUAUUUUUAAAGUUAUUUUUAAAGUUGGAUGGUGAAUUAAUUCUGUGGGAAAAUGAGAUUUAUAAGUAGGGGUUUUUCUUUUUUGGGGGUGGGAUAAUAUAAGCCAAACUUCUAGAAGUUAAGGCUGAUGAAUAAUCUUAAAACAACAUUACAUACUGUGUAAAUGUUCCCUAAAGUAUUAUAAUUAAGGUAAUUUGUGUAAAUUACAAAAGCAGAAACUGUGAUGUUUGAUUAGUAGUAUGUUCCGUUAAAAUUCCUCUUGAGGUAUGUUCAACACAUAGUAAGUUAUUCAGGAAAGACUUGUUCAUCCUGUAUUUUUUAAAUAGGAAAUACAGCAUGCCAAGUCAUCAUUAGAUCUGUUAGCCUAGAACGACUUUCUCUCUCUCCCCAAAUUCUCUCUCCUAAGCUCUCUUCAUUUUUGCGGGGUUGAGGACGUAGUAAUGUUUAAAGACUUUAAUUCAUGCGUAAAAAUAUGGACUCCCAGUUUCCAUGUAGCAUUACAUCCUCCACUGGCAAGAGCCAAAGCUAGUUUUACAGUCUAACAAGAGACACCAUGUUCUGCCAUGAUGAACUGUGGUGCUCCAGAUGGAUUUACCCCCCAUUUGAUGACGUUCCUUAAGCUACUAGAUGUACAUACACACGGGGUUGAAUUUACUCUGAACUAUGAUAUGGUGUUUCCUGUUCAUGUCCCUGCCUCCUCAAACUCUGUUUUUUUAAUGGAUCUCACUUCUGGUCCAUCUCUCGUAAUGGACUAACGUUGACAAGAGGGAUUAAAAUAAAAAUAAAUACCUGCCCUAUUCACACAUUUAAAGCUGCUUUAGAGGAGCUAGUCCAUUUCCUGUCGCCAAGCCAUGCGUAAAACACCAGACUUUCUUCACUUGACAUGCUGUAUCCUGUGUCACCCACAGCACCAAAUUUAAGGGAGUCCUGACUUUAAUCUCUAUUGAGAAGUAAACUCUCCUCCAUGUUUUUAGAGCAGUUAUUUUAUACCUCACCUAUAGUACUCAUUUUUAUAUGUGUUGUUGUAAACUUCCUAAGGACAGGGAUUGUGUCUUGGUGAUUUUUGUAUCUCCACCUCAACCCCAGCAGCUAGCCCAGUGUCUUGAAUAAAUUAGGUGCUUACUUUAUGUUGAACUAAAUUGAAUAAAAGAGUACUACUAGCAUAAGCAUUUCUCAUGCCUUGGUUGUAUAAGCUGAUUGUUUUGUUGACUUUGCAAAUAUUUAUGAUGAUCAUCCCACACACACUAAAUUAUUUUUUAAAGUUUGGCUUUCUUUCUUUUAGAUACUACCCCAUGGACAUUUAGCUCUAGAAAAUGUGAUUGCUUCCAAUGAAAUGACUAUCCCAAACGCUCUGUCCCUGGAUAUACUUUGCCAAACUGAAAUUUGAAUUUUCGGAAUAAAUUGGUCAUGUCUGCAAGA